GGCUGGAUUACUGGAACUCUUCUAAAGUAGGUUGUCAUUUUAAGUCCUAUUACCUCAUCUAGAUGGCAUUCUCGUGCAGUACUGAAGAGCGGCUACAAUGUUGAUUAAACCACAGCCCUGAUGUUUGAAACUAAUUGGCAGCAACGUUAGAACAUUUAUACACACGCCCGCAAUGAGUCAUUUUGUCUUCAAGAAUCAGCGGCUAGAGAUUAGGACGUUGCGGAGAGAACCAGCUCGUUGAAGAGUGCGAGAAUACUUAAACUUGAAAUAAUCUGUUGAAAAAAUACUUUGUGAACAUGCUGCUGCUUGCUGUUUCCUUUUUGUCUUUCCUCUUGGCGAUACAAGCAUCUCCUCUGGAUCAGGUGCUGACAUACAUUGAUGAUCAUCAAGAUGACUAUGUGCAGCAUCUGAAGGAGUGGGUUGCGAUCCAGAGUGAGUCAGGUGACCCGCUGAAGAGAGACAGCGCGAUCGAGAUGGUCCAUGUUGUUGGGGAGGCGAUCAAACGUCUGGGAGGAUCUGUCGAAUUAGCGGAUGUGGGCAGUGAAGAGCUUACCAACGGAAGAACCAUUCCCUUGCCACCAGUGAUUUUGGCUGAAUUGGGAAUGGAUCCAAAUAAAGCGACCAUCUGUAUAUAUGGACAUCUUGAUGUUCAAGCUGCAAGACUUGAGGAUGGGUGGACAACUGACCCAUAUGUGUUGACUGAACGAGAUGGUAAACUUUACGGCCGUGGUGCCUCGGAUGACAAGGGGCCAGUUCUGGCUUGGCUUCAUGCAAUUGAAGCAUUUCAGAAACUGAAACAAGAACUGCCAGUGAAUUUGAAGUUUAUUUUUGAAGCUAUGGAGGAAUCUGGAUCAAAGGGGCUCGAGAAACUCUUGAUUGAGAGAAAUGCAACCUUUUUUUCCAAUGUGGACUACAUCGUAAUAUCGGAUAGUGGGUGGCUCAGCUCAAAACCAGUCCUGACUUACGGUACUCGAGGACUCUGCUAUUUCUUUGUAGAGGUACAAUGCGCAAAACAAGAUUUGCACUCUGGACUCUACGGGGGGAUGAUACAUGAGGCAAUGAAUGACCUUAUUGCUCUCUUCGGCAGCCUUGUGAAUUCAACCGGUCACAUCCUGAUUCCUGACAUCGAUGCGGAUGUUGUGCCCCUUACCAGCGAGGAGCUUCUCUUGUACGAAGCAAUCGAAUUUAAUCCUGAUCACUUCAAGGAUAGUAUUGGUGCCUCAAGACUCCGCCAUGAAGCUAAGGAGGACAUACUUCUUCACCGGUGGAGAUAUCCGGCAUUGUCGAUUCACGGAAUUGAAGGAGCUUUCUCGGGCCCUGGUGCCAAAACUGUUAUCCCUGCAAAAGUGACGGGAAAGUUCUCGAUUCGUUUAGUCCCCAACAUGGAUCCCAACGUGGUAAACCGUCAGGUUACUGCAUAUCUCAACCAAGUAUUUGCUGAACGCAGAAGUCCCAACAAGCUUCAAGUUUUCUCAAAUGGUGGAUCGAAAGCCUGGGUAGCUGAAGUCACUGACAAGCAGUACGCUGCUGGGCAAAGGGCCAUCCGCAGAGUAUUUGGAGUGGAAGCAGAGCUGAUCCGAGAAGGAGGAACAAUUCCCAUUGCCAGGAGCCUGCAACAAUCAACGCAGAAAAGUGUGCUGAUGCUACCGAUUGGUGGUGCUGGUGACGCCAUACAUUCUCAGGAUGAAAGUAUCAGCAGAGACAACUACAUUAAUGGAACAAAGUUAUUUGUGGCAUAUCUGGAUGAGAUUUCACAGCUUAAAGAACCACGGCCUACUUUGUAAUCUAUUGAUCAAGUAGCCAAACUCAUUAUAUAGCAUAUAUUCACACAAGAUUACCACUCCAGAACAAAAAUAGAACUUCCCUGGGAUAACAUUUUAAAUAGAAUGGUAGUCAGAAACCAAUGUUAUCUGUUAUCAAAAUGAAUCCUGCCGUAUGAAUUUAGAAUUAAAAAAAAUAUUUUAACCAUAUAACCAUAUAACAAUUAUAUUUGGAAAAUACAUACAUUAUCCUAUGCAUUUAUAUAUCAAUACCGUAAUGUUUAGGAGGUUGCUGGUUCAUAAAUCCUGAAAGCGUGAAGAAGGAAUCUGUCUUGGAAACAUUAAACCCAAUACCUGAAUGGAGAAAGCAUCUACUUUCACGAUGGAAGUAAAGCAACAUUAUUUUUAUUGUACGUAGUUUCUAACAAAAAAUAAAUCAGUUGCUUUUUGAA